AUGCGAGGCACAGUGACGUCGGGGCAAGGGAUGAGGGAGGACGACGUGGAGGGUGGCGGCAGAAAGAAGCGGGAAUUGUCGGGUGGAGGUGCAGCGCGGCCGGCAGCAGGGAUGUCAUACGAUGACUUUCUGCUGCAGGGGGGGUCGGCUGCACGCAACGGCGGGAAGGGGCUCUCUGGGAGGGAGCAGCGUGGAAAAGAAGAGAACAAAACAGUGCACUGGCCGGUGGGGCCUAGCCAAUCAGAGGAGCUGGUGCAGCUGGUGCGGAGUGAGAGCAGUGAGCAGCGGGCAGCGCGGUGGUUACCACACCUGCUGCCGCCCACCUACAUCCCCAGCAACCACCGCCGCCGCCUGCGCUCCAUUGAAUUCAACCCGGCCAACCCCGCACACUGUGCUGUCAGCUCGCUGGACGGGACUGUCAGCUUCUGGGCCAUCACCCCCUCUGGGCGCAACAUGAGUCGGCGCUUCACGUUGGACUGUGCGCCGAGCAAGCGCUGGCCGGAGGACAUAGCGUGGCACCCCUCGGGCUCGCACCUGCUCGCCGCCUUUGAGGCCGACGGCAAGGCGUGCCAGGUGGCGGCUCUCAGGAAUGCACCCAAUGCCCCCUGUGUGCCGCUACCAGCACGGCCGCACCACAAGGGUGUGGUCAACAGCAUCCGCUACCUGCCGUGGGAGGGGCCGCCCUACGUGUUCGCCACGGGCGGCAGUGACCACGGGGUCGUGCUGUGGCGCGAGGAGCACACUCAAGGGGGGGCAGCAGGGGACCUGCCCAAGCUGACGCCCAAGCUGCUGCACGGCACGCGGCACACAGCGGGCGUGUACGCCACGGAGGGGCUGCGGGGGCGCAGCGUGGUGCUGUCGGUGGCGGCAGACAAGCGCGUCCUGGGGUGCGACGCGGAGAGGGGCGGCGCACAGCUGCUGUUCUCCGCCAUGCUGGACUCGCGCCUCACUGACGUGCUCGCUAACCCCGUUGACUUCAACCUCUUCCUCGUUCAGUCUGGCACGCCAUGUGAGCAGCUGAGGCUGUACGACUUCAGAGCGCCGCGCAAGCAGCAGCACAUAUUGGGGUGGGAGCAGUCGGCGUCCGACUCACAGUCCGCGCUCAUCUCCUCCUGCUGGGCGCCCAGCGGCCUGCAGAUCAGCGUGGGGUCAGCAGAUCCCAAGGUGCACAUAUUCGACGUGCGGUGGGGGGGAAUGAAGCCACUGCUCACAGUGGAUGCGCACGACAAGCGCGUCUUCAAGGCCGGUUGGCAUCCCACCCAGCCCCUGAUUGUUUCCAUUGCCUCGGACCUCAAUAUUGGCCUCAACCCCAUUCGCACGUGA